AUGGGCAGAGACCCUCCUACCCCGGACACCAGACUUCAAACCUCCUACCCCGGGGGCCAGACCAGCCCUCCUACCCCGGGUGCCAGACUCCAACCCUCCUACCCCAGAGGCCAGACUCCAACCCUCCUUCUCCAGAGGCCAGACUCCAACCCUCCUAUUCCAGACUCCAACCCUCCUACUCCAGAGAGGCCAGACUCCAACCCUCCUAUUCCAGAGGCCAGGCGCCAACCCUCCUAUUCCAGACUCCAACCCUCCUAUUCCAGAGGCCAGACUCCAACCCUCCUAUUCCAGACUCCAACCCUCCUACUCCAGAGGCCAGACUCCAACCCUCCUAUUCCAGAGGCCAGACUCCAACCCUCCUAUUCCAGAGGCCAGACUCUAACCCUCCUAUUCCAGAGGCCAGACUCCAACCCUCCUACUCCAGAGGCCAGACUCCAACCCUCCUACUCCAGAGGCCAGACUCCAACCCUCCUACUCCAGAGGCCAGACUCCAACCCUCCUACUCCAGAGGCCAGACUCCAACCCUCCUUCUCCAGACUCCAACUCUCCUACUCCAGAGGCCAGACUCCAACCCUCCUACUCCAGAGGCCAGACUCCAACCCUCCUACUCCAGAGGCCAGACUCCAACCCUACUUCUCCGGAGUUCAGACUCCAUUAUCUUUUGCUUUCCAUUCCUGA